UUUUAGAUAGAUAGAAAGAUAGAUAUUCGUUUUGUAAAUAUGAGUUAAUCUAAAGUUAGCUAACUUAUAAAAUCUUUUCAAGCUUUCUUAAAAGGCAUGCUGUAAUCUAAAGAGAUAUCCUUAAAUUUUACAUAGAGGAUAGAAAUUAUGCUAUUUUAUGUUAACAGAUAUCCACUAGAUUGUGAUAAAAUGGAAAUAUUUUCUAACAAUUCAAAUUCAAAUGAAUUUUUAGAAAGCUUCAUAAAAGAAAACUCACUGGAUGUUUUAAUUUUUAGUGUCAAAGAAAUACUUUCAUAAAAAACAGCUAAUUAAAAAGUUUAACCUACGCAAACAGACAUAUAGCCUCCUAAAAUAGAAAUCUAAUUAUCAUAAAAUGAGUUGUUGAUUAAAGAUUAUAUAAAAAAUAUGAUCUCAUCCAAAGACUUGAAGUAAAAUCAAAAUUAAACUCAAUUAGAAUAGAACAUGGAUUUUGGUGGUUACUAAAAUUAAAUAUAAUCUCCUUUAAUCAUAGAAAAUCAAACUUUAUAAAAUAUUUUGCAAGAAGAAUUCACUGACGAAAUAGAUAGUCUAAAUAAUAGAUUUAAUGCUAGUAGUUAAGGUUCUUAAAAAAUUUUGAAUGAGCAAACAAAGCUGAAUAAUAAUUACUUAGCAUCAUCGGAAAGUUUAUAAAAAAAUUACUUAAAAAGUGCAAGUACCAGUCAAAAUAUACUCAAAUCAAAGAGUCCUUCAUUUACUUAAUUAGAUAAUGUUUAAAAUGAUACAAAAAGUAAAUAAAACGAAAUAGUAGCUUAAAAUUAUUCUAUGAACAAAUCAAGCUCUUAAGCUGUUUUAGCCGAUGAAAUAGACAUAAUCUAAAGUGAACAAAAUUAAAAUAUCUAUUAAGAAUAAACAACGAACUAAUAUUAGCAAAAUAAAAACCUAACAAGUAAUGAUUUCGUAUCGAAAAACUUAAAUUAAAUUUAAGAAAAUUAAAAUCCUAAUUAAUUUGAAAGUUUGCUGACUAAUAAUAAAACAAAUUUUGGUGAUAUGAAUAUAGCAAAUGGUAAGUAGAACGAAAACAUUUAAUACAAUUAUUUGUAAUAUAAUUAAUCUCUUUAACAGUACUAAUUUGAAAAUCAAGAAGAAAUCAAAAAGAGUCUUAAUCAUUUGCUGUAAGAUGUGAAAUCAAAUCUACAAAUAAUGAAGAACCACACUAUACAAUAUAAUAACUUGAUACAAGAAUAUCAAGAUUAAAAUAGCUAGCAAAAAGUAUACACACUUAAACAAGGUUUAGCAGGAAAAUACUAAUACAAUUUUAAGUCUCCCAUAUAAAUAGAAAACAAAGAUAUGGAUCUUAAUUAAUAGAUGAAAAAGUCUUUAAAAAAUGUAAUCCUUUAUACUAGGAGGGAUAGCAUUAAGGCAUCUUUUUAUUCUAUUGAGAGCGAUCUGUAAAAAAAAUUGUAAUAGGCUAAGCACAAUUUGUAACAUAAUAAUGAAAAAAAAUCUUACAUAAACGCAGAUGAAUCUAAAUCUGAUCAAAAAUUUACUCGAGGAUAGUAAAUAGAAUCUCUGUCAUAGAGAUACAUGUUAAAUAGAUAGAAGAGCAAUAAUUCAACCUAAAAUACAAACUAAAAUAAAUCUAAUUAAUUAGGUAAUUCUUAGCCAUAGUAAAUAGAUUAAUAAAUAGUUUAAGGGAUACAUAAUUAGCCAUAUAUGAUAUAUAAUUAACUUUAAUAGAAUUAAAACUCCUAGCCAAACUAAGAAUAUAAUAAAAAUAUAGCUAAUUCUCCCUAACAAUAAAAUAUUUUAAAUGAAAUUAAUUAAUAAUUUAAUAAUAAAGAAUUACCUAAAACACAUCAAAUUUAAAGAUAAUAUGAUGAUAAUGAAAUAAAUUAUGCAAGAAAAAACGAGGCUAAUAUGCAAAUCAGCUAAUAAGCAUAAAUUACUACAAAUAGCUUUCAAUAACAAUAGAAUGAGCUAGAUUAUAGUUAAGGAUAAUCACCAAAAAUACCAGAAGUACAAUAACAGCUAAAAACUUUCUUGUAAUCAUAGAUUUAAAAUCAAGAUUUAUAAAAAAAUUAAUUGAAUUAUUAAUAUUUUUAAGUUACAUAAUAACAACUUUAGCCUUCAAUAUAUCAAUAAUAAUAAGUUUAAAAUUAAGAACAACAGAAAAACGGUAUAAAUUAUUAUGAUACUUAGUAGUUGAUUGCACCAUAAAUAAUAUAAUCUCCUGUAGUUUAUUAAGAAAUAUAAACUAAAAUUCCAGAAUAGUUAAAAAAUGAAUAAAUUUUUUAGGAAGUUUAAUAGCUGUAAAUGCCUUAAAUAUAACAUCAAAAUAUAAAUUACCAAUUUUAAUAGUUUCAAGAUCAACAAUAUAAAAAUGAAUUGAAUAAUUAUUAAGCACCAUAAUCUCAACCACCUUAAUAACUAUAACAACCAAUUAUUUAUUAAUAAUAGGUUACAAAUGAAGAAAAAGAAAAAAAUUAAUAAUUUUAUGAAUUGUCUUAGAAUUAAGAGUUGAUACUCUAACAAUAAUCUCCAUUUUAGGUUGAAAAAUAACAAAAUUUAUUGUAAUAAAUAUAGAUUUACCCAUUAAAUUAGCAACAAAACCAAUCACCACCAAUAAAUAACUAAAGAAGAUUUUAAACUGAAAUUAAUAGAAAUCCAUUCAGAAACAAAAAUUUACUUGAAUAUAAACAAAAUUCUUUUAUAGAAAAUAUUUCUGAUAGCAAUUAAAACUAUCUAAAUAAAAUUCCAAUAGAAUUUGCCAUACAGUAAAAAAAUAUUAUUGACUAUGAAAAGACAAAUCAAUAGAAUGAUCAGCAUAUCAUUUUAUAAAAUAUGUUGAAAAAAUACGAUUAAAAUUUAACUUCUUCACAAAAAAAUUUAAGAAAUAGCAAUUCUCCAAGUAAACAGCUCCAGAAUAUAUACUCACUUGAAAUUGUGAUGUAGUAAACUGCUAACAAAUAUAAUAACCCAAAUGGUGUUGAAAUUUAAUAAUAAAACUAAUAAUAUAACAACUAAAAUGAAUAAUUUUCAGAAAAAAAUAAACUUUAUAGUGAAAAUCAAUAAAUUUAUUGA